CAAACAACACAUUCUUUUUCUCCAAACUUGUAGAAACAUAAAAGGAUGGCACAUCGAGAGCUUUUGGUACUUUUCUUCUUUUUGGCUGUGUUGUGCAAGGGGAUGUCUAUAAGACAUCACCAUAGUACAAAAAAUUCUACUAGCUCAAUUAAUGGAAGCUUUUGUUUGAGUUGGAGGUUGGCAGUGGAAACAAAUAAUGAGCUUCCAUGGAGAACAGUUCCAACUCAAUGUUCACAAUAUGUUGAGGAUUACUUGAUCCGUGGGCAAUAUGAAAGAGACUUGGAGUUGAUAGUGGAACAAGCUUUCAAUUAUGUGAAUGGUAUAUCCCUUGUUGGUGAUGGCAUGGAUGCUUGGAUUUUAGAUGUUGAUGACACUUGCAUCUCCAACAUCUUUUAUUACAAAAGCAAGAAUUAUGGGUGUGACCCAUAUGAUCCGGCAGCGUUUAGGGCAUGGGCAAUAAAAGGAUGGUGCACAGCAAUUCCUUCAGUGUUAAGGCUAUUUAACAAGUUGAUAAAUAAUGGAUUUAAGGUAAUACUCCUAACCGGAAGAGAUAAAGAGACACUUGGUCAAGUAACCAUUGACAACUUACGCAAUCAAGGAUUCAUCGGAUACAACCGACUCAUUAUGAGGAGUGCAGCAUAUAAAGGGCAAAGUGCAAUACUAUAUAAAUCCAACAUAAGGAAGCAAUUAGAAGAUGAAGGUUAUAGAAUUUGGGGUAAUGUGGGGGACCAAUGGAGUGAUCUCCAAGGAAACUUUUCCGGAAACCGAACAUUCAAGCUCCCUAAUCCUAUGUAUUUUGUUCCCUAGCUUCUUAAUGUAUGUCAAAAACACAUGUUUAUUCCAGCAAAUAUUAAAUGUUCUCACCCAGAUACAACACUUGUCUGUAACAAAAAAAUAAAACACUUGUGUAUUUUCGCCUAUCUUCUCAUUAUAAGUAGAAGAUGAGUCAAAUACAGAACACAAUUUUAGUUUA